ACUGGUCCCUCCUAAAAACAUCAAGGACCUUGUUCACCUGGAGGCUGUGCACGAUGUGCUGGACCUCUACCUUUGGCUCAGGUGGACCGCUUCCUAUAUGCCAUGCGUCUGUCUGAUGAACAGCUCUUGGACAUUGAGUCUCGAUUCCAUGUGGAGAUGAAGAAAGGCCUGUCUAAAGAGAGCAACGCUGCAGCGACAGUCAAAAUGCUACCCACACAUGUCCGCUCCACUCCUGAUGGCUCAGAGAAGGGUGAGUUCCUGGCACUAGAUCUCGGAGGUUCCAAAUUCAAAGUCCUGCAGGUGAAGGUAUCAGAGGACGGGAAGAGAAAAGUGCAGAUGGAGAGCGAGACAUUUCCAGUUCCUGGGGAGGUUCUCAAUGGGAGAGGAACAGAUCUUUUUGAUCAUGUGGCAGAGUCUUUAAAAACAUUCAUGCAGAAGAAUAACAUCAAUCAGAAGAAAAAGCCACUGGGCUUCACCUUCUCCUUCCCCUGUCUCCAGUCUAAACUUGAUGAGGGUGUCUUGCUCUCAUGGUCAAAGAACUACAAGGCCAGAGGUGUUCGAGGUAUCAAUGUGGUACAGUUACUAAGGCAAGCCAUCAACAGAGUUGGGGGGAUUGAUGUGGAUGUUCUGGCUCUGGUCAAUGACACAGUGGGGACCAUGAUGACUUGUGGAUAUGACGACCAGCAUUGUGAGGUCGGAGUCAUCAUAGGUACAGGUACUAAUGCAUGCUACAUGGAGGAGAUGAGACACAUUGACCUGGUGGAAGGAGAUGAGGGCAGGAUGUGCAUCAAUACAGAGUGGGGAGCGUUUGGAGAUGAUGGGGCACUUGAUGAUUUCAUUACAAGUUUUGACCGGGAAAUUGAUGCAGCCUCCAUCAACCCUGGAAAACAAUUGUUUGAGAAGAUGGUGAGUGGGAUGUACAUGGGAGAACUGGUGAGGCUCAUCCUGUUGAAGAUGGCUAAACAAAGCCUGCUGUUUAAAGGAAGAGUCUCUGAUGCUCUUCGUAUCAAAGGGAGAUUUCAAACUAAACACAUCUGCAUGAUAGAAGAGUACAAAGAUGGGCUGAAGAACACUAAGAAUAUCCUUACAGAGCUGGGUCUCAAUCCCACAGAGGACGACUGUGUUGCUGUCCAGCAUGUUUGCACCAUUGUGUCCUUCAGGUCAGCGAACCUGUGUGCUGCUGCACUAGCUGCCAUCCUCACACGCAUCCGAGAGAAUAAGAAGCUAAAGAUGCUAAGGACCACCGUUGGCGUGGAUGGAACAGUCUACCGAACUCAUCCCCAGUUUGCAAAGAGGCUUCAUAAAGUGGUGCGCCGCCUGGUGCCUGAGUGCCAUGUCCGUUUUGUGUUGUCGGAGAGUGGCAGUGGGAAAGGGGCAGCCAUGGUGACAGCAGUUGCCCAACGCCUAGCAUCACAGCGCAAAGAGAUUGACAACACGCUAUCAGAAUUCACCCUCAGCCCUGCACAGCUCCAACAGGUUAAAGAUAAGAUGCGAGUGGAGUUGGAGCGUGGCCUCAAAAAGGACUCGCAUGGAUCCGCCUCAGUCAAAAUGUUGCCUUCAUAUGUUUACAGGACUCCAGAUGGCACAGAGACUGGAAAAUUUCUGGCCUUGGAUCUGGGCGGAACAAACUUCAGAGUGUUGGUGGUGAAGAUCCGUAGCGGAAUUCGCAAAUCUGUCCGCAUGUAUAACAAGAUCUAUGCCAUCCCUCUGGAAAUCAUGCAGGGCACUGGAGAGGAGCUCUUUGAUCACAUAGUGCAUUGUAUCUCAGAUUUCCUGGACUACAUGGGGAUGAAAAACAGUUGCCUGCCCCUUGGCUUCACCUUCUCAUUUCCAUGCAGUCAGACUGGAAUAGAUAAGGGAAUCUUGGUGAGCUGGACAAAGGGCUUCAAAGCUACUCACUGUGAGGGGAAUGAUGUGGUGGACAUGUUGAGAGAGGCCAUUAAGAGACGAAAUGAAUUUGACCUUGAUAUUGUUGCUGUGGUAAACGAUACAGUUGGCACAAUGAUGACAUGUGCAUAUGAAGAUCCUAAUUGUGAAAUUGGACUAAUUGCUGGAACUGGCAGCAAUGUUUGCUACAUGGAACACAUGAAAAACAUUGAAACAGUGGAAGGGGAUGAGGGGCACAUGUGUGUGAACACUGAGUGGGGUGGUUUUGGGGAUAAUGACAACAUUGAGGAUAUCCGGACACGGUUUGACCGUGAGGUAGACUGCGGCUCCCUAAAUGCGGGAAAACAGAGGUUUGAGAAGAUGACCAGUGGAAUGUACCUGGGAGAAAUUGUCAGGCAGAUUCUCAUAGAUCUCACCAAGCGGGGUCUUUUGUUUCGUGGCCACAUUACAGAGCCUCUUAAAACAAGAGGCAUCUUUGAGACCAAGUUUCUCUCACAGAUUGAAAGUGAUCGUUUGGCACUACUGCAAGUCAGAUCUAUUCUGCAGCAUUUGGGCCUGAACAGCACGUGCAAUGACAGUAUCAUCGUUAAGGAAGUGUGUGGUGUUGUGUCACACCGAGCUGCACAGCUCUGCGGUGCAGGAAUGGCUGCUAUUGUUGACAAAAUCAGGGAGAACCGAGGACUGGACCAUCUGGACAUCACUGUGGGGGUGGAUGGGACGCUCUACAAACUCCAUCCACACUUCUCGAGAAUUGUGAAAGACACUGUGAAAGAACUUGCUCCCAAGUGCGAGGUGGAUUUCAUCCUGUCUGAGGAUGGCAGUGGGAAGGGAGCAGCACUUAUUACAGCUGUGGCUCGUCAGUAUUGUAAAAAGCCAUAACCAUACCAUGAAGUGCAUUGUGUUCUUUUUCCGGCAGAUUAUAUACACCGUACUGGGAGAUGCUAUAUACAACCCCGAUUCCAAAAAAGUUGGGACAAAGUACAAAUUGUAAAUAAAAACGGAAUGCAAUAAUUUACAAAUCUCAAAAACUGAUAUUGUAUUCACAAUAGAACAUAGACAACAUAUCAAAUGUCAACAGUGAGACAUUUUGAAAUUUCAUGCCAAAUACUGGCUCAUUUGAAAUUUCAUGACAGCAACACAUCUCAAAAAAGUUGGGACAGGGGCAAUAAGAGGCUGGAAAAGUUCAAGGUACAAAAAAGGAACAGCUGGAGGACCAAAUUGCAACUCAUUAGGUCAAUUGGCAAUAGGUCAUUAACAUGACUGGGUAUAAAAAGAGCAUCUUGGAGUGGCAGCGGCUCUCAGAAGUAAAGAUGGGAAGAGGAUCACCAAUCCCCCUAAU